AUGCAUCGUUUACUCGUCGCCGUUCAACUCUCAGCAAUAUUGAUGCUCGCCGAGCUAGCAGCAGCUCAGACUGGCUCCAGAACUUGCAUCCUGUGCGCCUCGUCAUCGCUUAAAAAUCGCUGGUAUUUGACGGGUCUCGCGCCGGUCUCCGACUCGAUUUUCAACUCAAACUGCGACGAGCCGCAAUCUCAAACAAUGGACGCGUGCGCCGGACCAUGUAUGACAUUAAUGUUCGAAGAUCCCGAUUUGGGACAGGUCAAUAAUGGACUAACAUCGGUGUUGGUGGUGCGCGGAUGUCAUACGACAUUGACAAAUGCUCUCUCUGAUCGCUCGGCUUCUUCCGAUGGCAACGGUGCGACGAACAACUUCUGCGAGAUGGACGAGCGUUAUCGAAUGGCGGAUUUGCGUGGCAACAUUGUCACCGUCAAAAUGCUUGUCGCGUUCUGCUCAAACUCGGAUCGAUGCAACACUCGGCCAGUGUCGAACGCUUUCUCAGCAGCCACUUGCAAUCAGCAAUCUCAAAAUCGAUUGCUCAACAAUGCGCCUUUAAAUUGCUAUGACUGUCGACCCAGUGAGGGCAACAAUUGUCAUGAGAGCAGCUGCAACAAAAAGUAUUGCAUGAAACAGCUCGUGCAGCUCGAUGGAGGCUAUCAGGUGAUGAAGACGUGCUCUGACGUCAACAUUUUCGGACAGGACAAUCAUUGUCAGACCUACGACGUUCUCACGAAUCCCGGCGGUGUUCCAGUCAAAAGUCAACUCACCCAAUGCUAUUGCAAAAACAAACAGUUCUGCAAUUCCGGCACAAUUUUCACCACAAUUUCAAGCGUUUUAGUUGUCAUUGCUUAUGCAUUGCUCAAUACUCACUAA